AUGUCUGUCUCUGACGACUUCAGCAGCCUCCCUCCCGUGGUGAGUGUGAGCACCAACGUGGCGGUGCUGACCCCGCCUUCGGCGCGCUAUGCUCUCACCACGGGCGAGCUGGCGGAGUGCUUCCUCAGCGCACGACGCAGCAGCAUCCACACACAGCCGCCACCUUCAGACGCCAAGGCAAUACAAAAGGCACAGGAGCGCCUCGACGCCUUCCACUCUUCCCAGAUCAACCCUUUCCUCUACGGCUACAUGUACCCCGGCCAGGACAUUCCUGAGCCAGUGCUGAGCAGCAUCCGAAAACUCUGCAUCAACGCUAGCGGUGCCUGGGCGGCGCGGUGCCAGCGACUCGCCUUCGACGUUCUCACAACAGAGCUGCAGGCGAAGGCGUCCAACGUUAUUCCGCGCACCAACCACGACGACCCGAUCGGACUGGCGCAGCUGCGCCGUGUUCUGCCCACGCUCAAGUACGUGCCGAAAAUGAGCGUGACGAACCCGCACUCUCGGUUUGUGGGCAGCUGCGUCGACGACAUCGCCGAGAACGCGCAGGCGUUCACUGCGACGGUCACCGUGCAGAACAACGGCUCGCAUCCUUUCACGGUCGAGAUCGCGCAGACGCAGACUGUCAUUGACGGCGUGCUGGCGGAGGACAAGUUCAUGGAGGCGAAACUGGAGAAGGCGGAGUUGCACCGUGGAGAGUCCGUGGACGUGCGCCUUGUUAUGCAACAGCCCCCACACGCUGUGCUGUGGGAGUAUGAACAGGUGUUGGUGCUUUCUGUGAACGGCAUCCUCAAGUAUUUUGUGACCUUCGCGGUCAUUUCGCCGAAGCAGGACCUGUUCAAGCAGCGUCUACCGGGGUGCCUUCCACUGACGGUGCUGGAGUCCCCCCUCGGAGAGUACAGCGCCCCUCUCAUGCUGCAGGUGUUGAAGCACGCGUUCAUUCGGCAGCAGGGGUACACCAGCCCCGCCGUCGUGCAUCUGCUUCUUGGCAAGGCCGUCAACUACCGCACCCACAACGAGCUCGUCAUGUCAGAGACGAUGCGCCUGACGAAGGCGCUGAUUGAUCAGAUGAACAUGACCGCGACAAUCUCCAGUUACUGGGCCUCGCUGCCAGACGCCAAGAAGGCACCGCUUUCGCGCCAGUACCAACCGCCGGUGUCCUCUGCACAGCCAGCGCGCUACGCCCCAGGGUCAGACAAGCUGGGCUCAUCCAACGUCGCUACCGCCGAGGCCCUCUUCCCCAACAGCGCGACGCGCUUGCCAGAGGUGCUGCAGCGGUCACCGCCGGCGGUCAUCAUGGGGGCCAUCCUCAUCUGGCUGGCGCAGAUGGACAUCAACGUCUUCGACUCGUCCUUCUUCAACUGCGACCCCGUUGGAUACAUGCAGGGCAUGCCGCCGUACCUUCGCGGCAUCCUGCUCUGGAUACUUGACCUGUGCUGCGGCCUUCUGGCGAACGAGAAGGUGAAUGGGGUGAACGAGCGGGUGCUGGCCUUGACGUUUGCGGCUGUGCUCAUGCGGCGCAACCCUCCGCAGUACGACAUAGAGGAGACAGAGGCUUUCUCUGACGCGCAAGCUGGCUUUGACUCCGCUAGCAGUGGUGGUGGUACUAGUGGCAGCGGCAACACAGCCACUGCCGUAUCCUUCUCCACUGACGUUGCCUUUCAUCAGAACGCCGUGACCGCGAUACUGCACUGGAUUUCCAUCUACCGCGUCAAGUAUGCGAAGAGGAUGAAGUAG